CUGAGUUCGGCGGCGAGAGCCUACCACAGCCUCAGCCUGAACGGCGUGGUGUCCGGUAACCGCAUGGGUGCGGUGCCCCUGGGCGCGUCCCUCGGCCAGGGCACCCUGGACGUGGAGGGCGUGUGUACGGAGGCCGGCAUGACCUGCCUCAACUGCACGCAUGCUAUCACGUGCAUACCGCUGCCGGUGGGGUGGCUGAAGGUGCCCCUGCAGCAGUGUCCAGAAGGUCAGAGCUGCAACGCGCACCAGCGGCAGUGCACCACGGCGGCGGUACCGGAGUGCGACGCGGCCGGAUGGGAUUAUCACCACACUUGUGAACAGGUGGGCAUUUUCCCUGACGCGUUCGACUGCCGCAAGUUCCACCUGUGCUCGCCCCCUGCCGACCUGCCGGACGGAGCGCCCGCGGACCACCGCGCUGCCCUCUGUCCCAGGAACUACGGAUACGAUCCCAAGACUGCUCAGUGCUCGAUACCACUGAAACGUGGUCAAUGCGAGCAGAAACCGGUACCAACGUGCAAGAAGGUUGGGGACUUCGGAGUACUCCCCUCCAGCCCCCACUACUACUUCGUCUGCCUCUCCAAGAAGGGGGUUAUAUCUCCCCAGGUCUUCCUCUGCCCCCACGGCUGGUACUUCUGGGAUUCCUUCUGCAGACCGGAACCGGAGACCGAGGCAACCGUUGUGGUGGAUACCGUUCAGUCUACUACAGAGUCCAGUAGACCAAACGUCUUCUUCUCUACUGAGAAGACGACGACGUAUGCCGCUGACACUUUCUUAGCGGACAAGUUUGAUAUGAACAACUAUGAGAGUAUAGACGAGACACCGAACACUGACGACUUUACUAACUCCUUCGAAACUGAGGAUUUUUGGCAAAUGAUCUAA